AUGUUUCAGUGGGAGAGCGCAAGUCCUUUCGGAUACUUUUUAUAUGUAGUUGUCGUCAUAUCCACCGCUACAAGUGUGAUCGGUACUUUUAAGAAAAAUCCAUUUCUACCUCCCGCGCCUGUGGCGCAACCACAACAACCAGUACAUUAUCACCCGGCGCCUGCUCCAGCACCUGUAGUUUACCAUCCAGCACCAGAGGCAGUACCAGUGUAUUAUCAUCCAGCACCUGCACCACCACCGCCACCUCCGCCGGCGCCUCCAAAAAUUAUUAUUGUGCCCGUACAAACCUAUCCCGCCCCACCACCACGUCCAGUUCAUCCAGCUCCACAACCCCGUCCUGUUCAUCCUGCUCCACCUCCACGCCCUGUUCACCCCGCCCCACAACCACGGCCAGUUCAUCCUGCCCCACCACCACCACGACCAGUGCAUCCAGCUCCACAACCAUCCAAGGUAAUUCAGCCAACUUUCGUCAUACAGCCAAUCGUAGUUAAGCCGGUGCCUGUUGUUACUGAUGGAGUCGGUGGUGGAGGAGGUGGAAAGGGAGGCAAAGGCUGUAAGCCAUGCCAUGGCUAA